UACCCUCCCCUCUCCGACAAAUAUAUAAACCAAACAAGAUUCGCUUCAACCGCAAAACCAAACACGCAAAUUUCUUUCAAAUUAAAUCGCAGCUCAAACACGUCGCACGGGCGAGAAGAGAUAUAAAGGUUGCACUUUGGUUGGUUGGUUGGUCGUCAUGGCCAUGGAUGAGCUGAUCCGUGCUCCGGCGUGCGGCGGCGGUGGCGGCGGGACGGUGAUCGAGGACCUUCCUGGGGAUGUCCUCGCGCUCGUGCUCCGGCGCCUCGACGGCGCGUCGCUGGCGGCGGUCGGGUGCGCGUGCUCCAGCUUGCAUGAGCUCGCCGCCGACCAGGAGACGUGGCGCGGCCUCUGCCUCGCGCUGUGGCCGUCGGUUCGCGACGUGCUCGGCGGCGGCGGCGGUGGAGAAGGAGGGGAUGGGUACCGGGCGCUGUUCGCCGACGCGUUCCCGUUCCUGGAGGCGGUGUCGCCGGCGCCGGCGACGGUGUCUGGCGGCCCGUCUCUCCCUGCCCGCCUCGUCUCCGCCGUUGACCUGCACCACGGCGGCGCCUGCAUCAUGUCGCGCGUCGUGGAGACGGACACCUCGUCGGCGUGGUUCCUCGGCUCGCCGUUCCGCGUCGACGCGCUCGUCCAGGAGGGCUUCUCGGCGCCGUCGCCGAUCACGCCGGGCGAGCUGACGCUGAGCUGGAUACUGAUCGACCCCGCGUCCGGCCGCGCCAUGAACGCCUCGAGCCGGCGCCCGGUGGCCGUCGACCGGAAGUGGCUCACCGGGGAGACCGUGGCGCGGUUCACCGUGGUGCUCGGCGGCGUCGCCCUCGACGCGGCCGUCACGUGCGACGACAGGUACGGGCACGUCCGGGAGGUGAGCCUGUGCAUCGAGGACGGCGAGGGCGGCGGCGUGAGCGGCCAGGACGGGCUGGCCGCGGUGACCGCGGCCAUGGCGAGCGCGCGGCGGCGGGGCAAGGGCGCGGAGGCCGCGGCGAAGCGGCGGUACGAGGAGUUCGUGCAGGGGAAGAGGGCGAGGAAGGAGUGGAAGGCGAGGCGGGAGGGCAUCGUCGACCUCUGCUGCUCCGGCGUCGGCGCGGCGGCGUUCGUCGGGUUCCUCGUCAUGCUCACGUUCCGGUGACCGUCCGGCGAGGCGGGAAGGCAUAAUGGCGUUAAGCAACGUACAUAGCGGGAACAAAUUCGAUGAGAAUGACAAGAAAUGUAAAUAUGAUAAACGUGGUAGUCAUGCAGUUUAUGCGAUGCGUUUAUCACAAAAUUGGUUAGAUUAAUAACGAAAAUUUUCCUAUGUGCUAUUAAUCCCUGGAAGUGAAAUCUGAGACUUCUAAAUGUUUCUUACUGCCAUUAAUUAGACACUUGCGUGAUAGCAUUUUAUUCAACUCGAACUUACGCAGUAGUUCGUGAUAAGAAAACCUAUAAUUUCUCUAACAUAAAUGCAUGAUUUUGUUGAGGCU